AUGCGAGUGAACGCGACGUCGGUGUUCGCGGCGGCGUUCGGGGCGCUGGAGCGGGCGAGCGCGCGGGCGGGGACGGACGGGAGCGAGGACGCGCUGGAGGCGCUCGAGGCGGUGUGCGCGUGCGCGGCCGAGGCGGCGGCGGACGUCGAUGGACGCGUGAUACGGGCGAAGAUGGAGCGGACGAUCGAGGUGGUGAUGGGAUGCGGACGAGUGGUGAGCGAGAGGUCGCCGAAGAGCAUGCGACACGUGGCGAGAUUGUUGGCGUCGUGCGCGGCGGCGGCGGCGACGACGAAGGGCGAGUCGGGAGGAGAGACGAGCGAGAAACACGGGAAGCGCGCGUUUCAGGCGACGUUGAAUCUGUCGAUCGAUGGAAGGCCAAAGGUGCGGAAGGCGGCGGUGCACGCGCUGGGAGACGUCGUGCGAAGGGUGCGUGGGGACGCGGCGCGCGCGGCGGCGUACGGGGAGAUGACGGCGGCGUUCGCGAGAAAGAUUGGCGAGGCGCCCGAACGCGCGGCGGCGGAGAUGCAAAAGGCGCGAGGUGCGGCGGGUGCGAAAGAUGCUCGCGCGCGCGCGACGGCGGCGGCGACGGAGGCGCUGUACAUGCUCGGCGCGAUGAAGGUUUUGUUGCCCGAACUCGCCGAACCCGCGUGCGGGGCGUGCGCGGAUGCGUGCGCGGGAUUAUUGGAUUUGGAUGAGCCUUUGCUCACGCAACACGCCACGGAAGCGCUUCUGGCGCUCGCAAAUUCGCCCACGAUGGAUGCCGAUGACGGCAGCGAAGGCGUGAGCGCGGACACGAUCGUAGGGCUGAUGGCGCCCAUCGCCGCCGUGGCGAAUGCGAACUUGAACACGGCGCCGACGAUGGUGAUUUCUUUGGCGCGCUUGCUCUCUCGCGCGCAGUGUAAGCUCCACGCCAUCGACGCGCAAGCCUCUGCAAAAGCGUUGCCGACGACGUUUCAUUCCCUCGUGAAGCUCUUCGCGUCGCCUCAUGAGGGCGUUGCGACCGAGGUCGCCGAAGCGUUGAUUUCGCUCGUGCGCUCAUGCAUCGAUUCCGGUAUGGUGCAAGAAGGGAUCAAGGCUAUUGCAUCUGCGCGAGCGGCGGGGAAGUCCGCGCCGUCCAAACCGACGACGUUGAUGUCCGUGGCGUCGAGCAUUGAGUCCGCGAUCGGGUUCCGCUAUCGCGGCGCGUGGGCUGUUUCCAUUCCCGUCGCCACAUGCGCGUUCAUGCGCCUUGGUCCCGCGUCCGGGCCAAUCUUGGCUGGUACUUUGAACGCGCUCGGCGAGAUGGGCGAGCACGCGAGCGAGUUGAUGUGCAAACAACAGCUGCAAGACUGCAUCACGGCGGCGAUUCAAGCCAUAGGUCCUGAGCAGGUGCUCGCGUCGCUUCCGUUAAAACUCGAAGAAGCCAUCGACGCCGAGCUCGCUAACCGUCAAGGCGACGGAGACGGCAUGGAAGUGGACGAGCAAGACGUCAUGAAUGCAGCGAGUCAAGAGACUGGACGACUUUGGCUCGUGCCGUUGUUGCGCUCUGGUUUGGUUGGAGCGAAUAUGGGAUUUUUUGCUGACGCCAUUUUGCCGCAAGCGCGCGCGUUGGGCGCUCGCGCCGAGCACGCGCGAAACUCUCAAAGUUCGUACGAAGCGCAGCGCUGCGGUGCCGCCGAGCACGCACUUUGGAGCCUGUUUCCAGCGUUUGCUAAUUGGCCGAGCGACGCCUCGGACGCGUUUCCGUUGAUUGCCAAGGAUUUAGGCAAUGCGUUGAGUUCGAGAAUCGAUUUGCAAGGGCCCAUUUGCGAAGGCUUGAAGCGCUUGAUUCGUCAAGGAAGAAUCGGCGCUGGUGUGUACGAAGUCGACGAUGACGACGAAGCCGGUGACGGUGCGUCCACAAUCGCCGCGGGUGAGCCCAACGAUGAUCAAAUGCCCGCGACUUUCACGGUUGAUAUCGCCGAAGCGCAGCUCGCGGCGGUGAGCAAGUACGCUCGGAACUUUUUGCCCAUUCUUUUUAAUCUCUUCGUUUCGUCACCGACGUCACGACGUGGUGAGCUGUCGCAUACAAUCGGUGCAUUUGCAAAAGUGACCGAUCAAGCGCAGUUGGGCGGCUUCUUCAGGACUGUACUGCGCAAACUCGUCAAAGUGACCGCGGACGAUCCGGGCGCGCCGGACGCUUUGGUGGAGGGCGGAGACGACAAGACCGCACGAAGGUGCACCUUCAUGGAUCUCGUCUUCGCGCUCGUUUCCGGCUUGGACGAUCAGGGCUUGGAAAUGGUUUACAAAAUUGCCAAACCCGCGUGUCUGGAGAAGGAAAGUGUGAUUCAAAAGCGCGCAUACAAGUUGCUCAACGAGCUGUGCGAGGCACAAGACGGGAAGUGGCUUGAACCGCGCGCGGCGGAAAUCGAAGAGCUCCUCGUUUCUGGCGUUGAUUGUUGCUUACCAUCGGCGCGACGGUAUCGAUUGAAAGUUAUCGGUAAGAUUUUACCAGCGCUUCAAGAACGCGACGCUGCGGCGGACGCUGAGGAAGGCGGCGACGGUGCCGGGAGCAUCGCCGAAACUGGAUCGCUCACUGUGCUUCUCUCCGAACUCAUUCUCGCCACAAAAGAAACCAACGCGCGCACGCGCACGCUGGCGUAUCAGCUCUUGAUAAGCAUUCCACGAUCAAUCGAGCGCAAGAAUGCAGAAGCGGCACGCGGAGUUGCGCGCUCUGGUAACGCAGGCGUCGCCGCCUGGCUCGGCGCGGCUACAGAGGAGGAGGACGACGAGGCGAUGGAGACUGAGCAAAUGGGUGUGGGCGUUCGACGAUUUUUCCUCACCGUGCUCGCUGGCAUCGUCGGCUCGUCACCUCAGAUGCAAUCGGCCACCAUCAUGGCUCUCGCUCGUUUGCUCUACGAAUUUUCCUCUGCGCUCGUGUCCACCGUUCCUGAACUCUUACCGGCAGUGUGCGCGUUGCUCGAAGGAAAAUCUCGCGAAGUGGUCAAGUCGUGCCUCGGCUUCGUGAAGGUUGUCGUCGUGCGUCUACCUCAACAAGAUCUCGCCGCCGAACUUCCGCGACUUGUCCCAGCGCUGUUGCAUUGGUCGGAAGAUUCGAAGAAUCGCUUCAAGCUCAAGGUGCGUGUCGUGUUGGAACGCAUGUGCAAACGUUGUGGUUACGAAGUCGUCGAAGCGAGCAUGCCAAAAGAACACAUGGCACUUAUCGCGCACAUCAAGCGCGAGGAGACACGAUUAGAAAAGAAGAAGAAAUCGUCCGUUGCAGGUAGUGAACACGGCGCCAAGUCCACGCGAACGGCGAGACGUUCAGAAUGGCGCGACGGCGACAUUUUCAGCGACGACGAGGGCGACGACAGCGACGACGGCCGAUCGCGCAGAAGUGGACGCGGAGGUCGUGAUGGAGGAUCUUUUGCCCCAGCCUCUAGACGAGGUGGUGGCGAGGGUCCUCGUUCCGCCGCAGCCGCGGCUGCGAAGCGCGCGACGGGCGGUGCACGACUUCCUGCUUCCGGCGACGCCCCGCUUGAUUUGUUGGACGAUAGCGCCAUGCGCCGAUCGAUGCUACCGCAAGGAGAACGUCGUCGUGUGAAGUUCGAAGACGAUGACGAUGACAGUGGCUACCGUACGGGCGCUGAUGGCAAGCUCAUGAUUGUUGAAGAGAGCGAAGGCGCGAAGCGUCGACGCGAAGAAGAGGAAGACAACGCGUCUGAAGGCGGUCGCUCACGUUACACGUCCAAAACUGGUAAAUCGCGAGGCGCCGCCACCGCGCGGACGAAUGCUACCGGCAAGUCUUCGCGUACGGUUGGUACGCACAAUUCCAACGGUGUCAAACGGCAGCGCACGACGCACGAGCGCCACAGCGCUGAUUUGUACAAGGCGAAGGGUAAGACGACUGGUGACGUCUACUCGAAGCAAACCAAGCUCGAGCCGUACGCGUAUUGGCCGCUUGAUCCAAAACUUUUGAAUCGACGCAAUAGCAAAAAAGUUGCCGCUCGCGCGCAGCUUGGUGGCGUCGUGAAAUCAGCAAAGGCGGCGGGAAUCUUACGCGGCAAGAAGUCGAAGCGCGAAGUUUAG